AUGCCGCAAGAUAGACAUGGCGGACAAAAUCCACAAGCUACAAGUUUUUAUCAUCAUGAAAAAAUCCUACAAACCUUGCAAGGUUUGCGUAUUGAGAUAUCUUGUGUAUUACAAGCCAAUACAAGUAGUACAACUAAAGAACUUGAAGUGGAUAAUAUUACUGUUUAUCCAUAUCCAUAUAUUUAUACAUCAGUUUCUGGCGAUAUAAAUUUGUCAAAGGUGCGUGGUAACACGCCUGCUGAAUACGGUCGUGAGGUUAUGCGAAAGCUUUUCACUGAUGAAGAAUUAGCCACAUAA